ACACAUAUGCACUUCCUCUUUCCCCCCUAGAGACACAUAUGCACUUCCUCUUCCCCCCCUAGAGACACAGAUGUACUUCCUCUUUCCCCCCUAGAGACACAGAUGUACUUCCUGUGAGGAAGUAAAAAAAGACCAGAUAACACAACUCAAUGAUACCAAAUUGUACAGAUUUGGAAGAUUAUUACAAAUGAAGAAUCCUGUUAGGAGAGUGACAAACAGCAAAUCUUGCUACCAAAUAUGUUUCAUCAUGUCAUAGCUUGAGGAUGUACUGUACAUGAUUAUGUUAAGUGUUUACUUUUUAUUUAUGUAUUUUUGAACACACAAGCACUUAAUUAAUUGCCAAUACAUAAUAGUGCUACUCAACCCACGGAGGUGGGUUCGGGUGUUGGAGCUAAACUUUGCAGCGAUCUUAGACCCUGUUGUUUAAAUGACAGGUGGUUGAAAUAUCACGUAGAAAUUUGUGAUAGGAUAUUGAUCGAUCAUUAAGAAAUGCAAUUUCUACCUAUAAUCAUUAUUGAACUCGACUAUACAACUGACAGGUUCGCGAGCAUGCACUGAGGGGGUAUAGCGGGGAGUCCUUCGGGGUACGCAUGGGGUAAAGAGAGCGAGAGAGAGAGAGAAAGAGAGAGUGAGAAAGCGCGUGAAAAGAGCCGGCAUCGUUUUUACCUGCAUCUUUCUCCUCGGAUAUAUCUGUAACGGGAAAACAGGAGAAAAUGCUCUUUCUUCAAACCAUCUUAAGGAGAGGAACACAUAAAGAUGAUGGUCCUUACUCUAAAGGGAACAAGGACUCACAGGGGACAGACAAUUCCCUGACCUCCAGGAGACAGAGUAUCCCAGAAGAUCUGCGGGGCGUGACGAUAGUAGAGCUGAUUAAGAAGGAAGGCAGCACCUUGGGCCUCACCAUCUCUGGAGGAACAGACAAGGAUGGAAAGCCCCGCGUCUCUAACCUACGUCCAGGAGGACUGGCUGCCAGGAGUGAUCAGUUGAACGUGGGCGACUACAUUAAGUCAGUGAAUGGUAUCAACCUGACUAAGCUGAGACAUGAAGAGAUCAUCAGUCUGUUGAAGAACGUGGGAGAGCGAGUUGUGCUGGAAGUGGAGUACGAACUGCCCCCAUCAGCACCAGACAGUACCUCAGGUGUGAUUUCCAAGACAAUGGAGAUAUGUUUGCACAAAGAAGGGACCAGCUUCGGCUUCGUCAUGAGAGGGGGCUCACACGAAGACUGGAACAAAUCUCGCCCGCUAGUGGUAACAUACGUCAGACCAGGAGGUCCCGCAGACAGAGAGGGUAGUCUGAAGCCGGGGGAUCGUCUGAUGAGUCUAGACGGGGUGCCCCUCCACAGUGCCAACCACAGGGAUGCCCUCACCGUGCUCAACCAGUGUGGCCAGGAGGCCCUCUUCCAGAUCGAGUAUGACGUCUCUAUCAUGGAUACUGUGACGAAUGUGUCUGGUCCCCUAUUGGUGGAGAUCGCCAAGUCACCAGGGGCGGCUCUGGGUAUCACCUUGACAACCACCACCCACAGGAACAAACAGGUCAUCGUCAUCGACAAGAUCAAAGCAGCUAGUGUGGUGGACAGGUGUGGAGCUCUCCAUAUAGGGGACCACAUCCUGUCCAUCGAUGGGACCAGCACAGAGCACUGUUCAGUCCUAGAGGCCACACAGCUGCUAGCCAGCACCUCAGACCAGGCCAAGCUAGAGAUCCUCUCUGCCCACCACAGCAGACUGCCUAACAAACCACAGGACACUGUGAAAGUUCAAAAGAGUGACCACCCCCACUCGUGGGACCCCUGUGUGAACUACUGUCCCCCCCAGCAAACCUCCUCCUACUGUAAGACCAACACCUGGACCACCUCAUCCAACCCUUCCAGCACACAGGAAUACUGUAAGUCCCUAGUGUCUACUACCUUCUCCCCUGGUUCCACCACCACCACAUCAGGCCCUGGGUCGACCAGCCAGAUCUCCAGUACCCUGCCCCGUACAGCUGUCCCCAUGAGUCCACGCAACUCCAUGAUGAAGAGACGGCAGAGGAAAAAAGAGCAUAAGAGCUCAUCCGUGUCCCUGGCAUCCAGUAGUGUAGGUCCUGGUGGCCAGAUCGUCCACACAGAGAGCAGUGAGAUCAUCCUGCGAGGAGACCCCCUCAAUGGCUUUGGGGUCCAGCUACAGGGGGGAAUAUUCGCUACAGAGACCCUUUCUGCUCCCCCUCUCAUCCGCUUCAUAGAGCCAGACAGCUCUGCCGAGAGGUGCGGACUGCUGCAGGUGGGAGACAGACUCCUGUCCAUCAACGGAAUCCCCACGGAGGACGGAACACUGGAGGAAGCAAAUCAGCUUCUCCGAGAUGCGGCUCUGACCAAUAAGGUCUCUCUGGAGGUGGAGUUUGACGUCGCAGAGUCUGUUGUGCCCAGUAGUGGAACGUUCCAUGUCAAACUGCCUAAGAAGAGAGGGGUGGAGCUGGGCAUCACCAUCAGUGCCAGUAAGAAAUCUGGAGAGCCGUUGAUCAUCUCAGACAUUAAGAAAGGCAGCAUGGCUCACAGAACUGGUACCUUGGAACCAGGGGACAAGCUCCUGGCCAUAGACAACAUCAGACUGGAGAGCUGUUCCAUGGAAGACGCCUGUCAGAUCCUAGAACAGGCCGAGGACCUGGUUAAACUCAAGAUCCGUAAGGACGAAGACAACUCUGAUGAACAGGAGACGUCUGGUUUAAUCAUCUAUACGGUGGAGCUGAAGAGAUAUGGAGGCCCGCUGGGCAUCACCAUCUCAGGCACAGAGGAGCCAUUUGACCCCAUCGUUAUCUCUGGCCUCACCAAGCGGGGCCUGGCUGAAAGGACCGGAGCGAUCCAUGUGGGAGACCGUAUUCUGGCAAUCAACAGUGUCAGUCUGAAGGGCAAGCCGCUCAGCGAGGCCAUUCACCUACUACAGAUGGCCGGGGAGACGGUCACACUCAAGAUCAAGAAACAGGUCGACAUGGCAGACGAGAAGAAGAAGGAUGGAGAGAUGGAGAAUGAUUUGAGUGACACGGAGGAGGUGUCGGACAUGACAGACUCUCAGAAGACCAACAAGCUGUCAGAGAUUUACUCCACCACCAUUCCCAGUGUGGACUCUGCCAUGGAGUCCUGGGACGGAUCCGGCAUCGACGCCGGCUACGGAAGCCAAGGGCCCUACAACCACCAGGCAGCAGGCAUCGCCCUGCACCCCCAUGAGUGGAGGAGCGCCAAGCAGAGGACCAGCCCCCCACCCCCGGCCCGCCGUAUUAAGAACUACCCUUUCAGUGACGGUGGCUUCAGUGAAGACGACUGGGACAAACCGUCAGGAUACACCAGCCAGCCUCACAGUGACGCCAUCAUGCUCGACCACGAGGACAGUUUCUGGUGUCAGGCACUGGAAGACCUGGAGACCUGUGGACAGUCUGAGCUCCUCAGAGAGAUAGAGGCAUCUAUUAUGACGGGCAGUGCCAUCAGUAUUGGGGUGGAUGGUAACAAGUCCCAUGGCCUCCCCCACCCUGGAGACCCCGUCUGCCAGCCCCGCAUCAGCCCUCUGCGGAGGAGCUCCCUCCUGCACCACGAUGCCAAGACCCACCUGAACCAGGAGGCCCACCUCCACCAGGGGGCCCACAUGCACCCGGAAGCCCAUAUGCACCCGGAGGCCCAACUCCUGCAUCACGAGGCCAGAACCCAGCUGCAUCACGAGGCCAGGGCAAAGAACACACUCCGGGUGUCUGAGAAGACCUGGGAGUCUCGCAGGAUCAAGGAAGAGAUGCAGGAGAUCCUCUCCCCUACCCCUCUGGAGCUACACAAGGUGACGGUGAUGAAGGAUCCAGAGAGCGAUGACUUCGGCUUCAGCGUCUCCGACGGGUUCCUGGAGAAAGGUGUUUACGUCAACAUGAUCCGUCCGCAGGGCCCAGCAGAUCGCGCAGGCCUGAAACCAUAUGACAGGAUCCUACAGGUGAACCACGUGCGUACCAGAGACUUCGACUGCUGCCUGGCUGUGCCCCUGAUCACCGAGGCUGGGGACAAGCUGGAGCUGGUGAUCAGCAGGAACCCUCUGGCCCAGCAACUGCACCAAGACUGUCUGGACCAGGAUCAAGGCCUUCUCAUCUCUGCACUGCAGUCCAACAGUAGGGAACAACACCACUAUACCGCCACUACAACCCGAGCCAUGGACCUUUGA